CCGCUGAAAGCGAAUUCUUCCAUCCAUACCCUGUUGAUGCAUGUCUGUGAACCAUAGUACAGAGGAAUUUCAAGCCUAAAAAUGAGCUCAGCCCAUAACUCUGUUGCAAACAGAGAUGGUCAAGUGAAGUUUGCGCAGUCCAGAGUGGCCACAGUGGAACGAUUCUAUGGGAUUUUUUGUGACACAUUAGGAUCAGUUAUUCGCAAAUCAGCGAGGCUGAGAGAUAAAGGAGACUUGUUUGCACAUCAUUUGAAAGAGUACACUGAGACUGAAAAGUUCAACAACUCCACCAAAAUUUGCUUACAGACUUUUGCGGAAAACUUUUCGACGAUACAAGACUACAGAGAUACAGAGGUGCAAAGGCUAGAAGCAAAAGUCCUCAAACCCUUGAUGAGAUAUGGGGAGUUGUGCAAAAAUAUGAAGUCAAGCGUGAAGGGAAAUACAACAGCUUGGGAGAGAGAGAAGAAACAAGUAACAAAACUCGAGAAGUUACAACAGAAGCUGCCAUCAUCUAGUCCUCAAGUUACAAAGGCACAAGCUGAUUUAAACCGACUACGACAAGAGACAGGGGUUUAUGGGGAACAGCUGAUCUCAGAGGUGGAUGUCUUUGAGAGGGGCAAACUUGCUGAUAUGAAGUCUGUGCUGACAGAAUUUGUACAGAUAGAGAUGAUGUUCCACGCCCGGGCUUUGAAAUACCUGUCCAAAUGUUUCGAGGCUGCCCAGCGCAUUGAUACGGAAGCUGAUAUGGAUCAAUUUCGAGGGGCACUGCUAGAAGCCUCAGGCCUGGCCCGUUCUUUCACUCAGACGGGGACGUCCUAUUCCUCCACAGGCUACUCUACGACACUCGGUGGUGGCACUCUGUCUUCAUCGCAUGGGUCAAACAUGGCUCCCGGUUAUCCUCAGCCGGUGCCAAGGGCACGCCCACGAGGGGACUCUGACACAUACAUUGAAGAUUUUGACUACUAGCACUUUGCUGUGUUUGAUAUCACUUUUCUAACCUUCUGUUUUCUGUCCCAUGUACGAUGAUGCUGAUGACGAGGACUCAGACUCAGAUGAGGACUAUGAGUCGUAGGAGUUACUUCCCCUGUGCCUUUGAAACAGAAAGUUUUAGUUCUUGGAUGUCUUCGGAUCUUCCAUUGACGCUGUACUAGAUGAUAUGUUUGUCAGAAUGCCGAAAGAAAACUUUCAAGUUUACCCUUGAAAGUGGUAAAAAGCUGGGUUUCAUAAGAAAAUGAUUAUUGUUUUUCAACUCAAAUGUUUGUGAUAAUUUUUAAAAUUCCACUUUUAUUGAUUAUUCUGUGGUAAUCUUGUCUGUGAUAUGAAGACGUCAGUUUUUUUACCUUCCCUGAAACUUUAAAAGCUUUAUUUCCACCUCUACCUGUGUGAUACUGUGUCAAAUUUGGUAUAAAAACGUAAAUUAUAGCCACCGAUUUUAAAUCUCUUAACCUGAUGCGCAGCAUUUGGGGACCACCAUUUGACUGCCGCUUGCAGGAACAUGAAACGUCAUGCUUUGAUCAUGGUGUGUUGUACCGGUACUUUACUUUUUUAAAGAAUUACCUUAAAAGCCUGUAUAUUUCUUGAAAAGUGUCUAUUUAAGUUGAUCGUUUGUCAAUGCACUGUUUUCUCUUUUUUUAUUUUUUCACUGUCUGUCAGUGUUGUUUGAUAAAUUAAAUAAUAUUCCUACAAGUACAAGUUAAUAUAUGAAAUGAAUUGACAAUUAACAUGUUUUCUUCGCUGAAGAGAUAUUGACAUUUUCUGAAGUUAGUCUUCUACACAUGUGAGCUUUGAUGCCUAUCCUAUUUUCUUCCGUGAGAUUUCUAUGAGAUUGGAAAGAUGACACUGAGGUGAGGAGAUAACAAAACAGUACCAAUAUGUGUCACGAUGUGGUCGAAUCAGGCGCUCGUCAAUUUUUGGGCAUGUGGAGUUAUUGGUAUCAU